AUGGGCUGGAAGAUUGUUCGGGCUGUGGACAGUGCUUCGGGGGCCGGUCUGUCUGUCCGUGGCCUAUUGCCCCCCAGCGACAGAAGCCAGCCGUCCCGCUGUGCGUCACUAAUUCGCUCACAUUUGACGUCGAGGAAGGAAAUCGCGAGCAAGCUUGCAUUCGCCAAGAAAUGCAGAAUACUGUCCAAAUGGCCUGUGCUUGUAGCGAGCUCUGUCGAUGGGAGAAAGGGUUAG